AUGAGCCAAGCCAUUACACCACAAGAGGCCAUCGCGAACGGUGCAGCACCGAGCAGUGCCUUGGGUCAGGGUGGUAAAGACGCUGCGGGCAUCUUGAAUCCCGCCAACACGCCGCCCGUCACUCCGACUGGCUCCCACAAUACGGGAACAGUUGACAGUGGCGCAGCGAAGAAGGCAGCUACCGGAACGACUCCGAGUCCUGACUCGACGCCGUCAGAUGCCAGCGCAACUACUCCAAACACUGAUCCCAAAACUUCUCCCACUACUCCAAGCUCUCCCACCACAGGAAGUACGAGCCCGAACUCACCUUCUGCCGGUAGCAAUCAGAAUGGUGCGAAAGGAAGCGGUACUGGCGGGACUGGAAGUGACACUGGGACUGGGACCGGAAGUGAAACGGGCGAUACGGGUCAGGGUGAUGGAACAGGCGGUCAAGGAAGUGGGAGUGAGCAUACUCCAAUCACUUUCUUGCCAAGUCCAACUCCCGCUCCAACCUCGACGUCGAGCACGUUUGCACCUCUACAGACGUCCACCGGCCUGCCUCUGCCCAACCUGACUUCGUCCUCUACCUUUGCUCCAUCAUCCACCUCGGCAUCCAUGACUCAAAUGCCCAAUAUGACGGCCACUUCGAGCAUCCCAAGCUUGAGUACCAGCUACGCCACCGUGUCGAGCACGAGCGAUGGGAACGUAGUCCUCGUUACGCAGACUUCGGUCGCCACGGCUGGCGCUCUGCCUCCAACCGGAGGUGGUUCCGUGAGUAGCAUUGGCGGCGCUAAACGUUUGAGCUGUUGCUGAUUGCUGGGCUGGUCUGCUAUUGUUCGAUCAUUAAGGAAAUCAACGUGAGUUUAGGCGGGGCGAGCUACAGAGUUGGUCGACCCGAAGCUGACGAUGAGGGGGCAAUCUCACUUAGCUCGGAGCCAUCAUCGGCGGUAUCGCGGGUGGUAUUGCUGGCUUGAUACUGCUGAGUGAGUCCUUUGGUCGAUGUGGCAUGCCUCCCUUGAAAUCGAUCAGCUCAUCCGUGCUCGAUUUUGGCCUCCCAGCCUAUCUGAUUUUGCUACCUGUCCGGAGACGUGCGCGAAAGCAACGCGAGGUGCGCCAUUGAAUUACCGUUCUAUCAAUCCACUUGAGAUCCGUAAUUCACUCGCGCUUGCCUGCUUUUUCAGGUCGAAUGGCUCGCCUUCGAGGCGGAUCACAAGCCGACAGACAAUUCGGCCGAAGCUCUGUUUGGCAGACCUGCCACGAACGCUGGGCUUUCUGCUGACGAAGAUCUUAGCCAGGUGGAAAUGAAGAAUCUGGGAAGCGAUGACAAUGUGGUGCAGUAUGGGCACAGCGAUGCCCACGGCUCCGACGCGUACGGUCCGAACCUUGCUGGACAAGGUCUGUCUCAUAUGCGAUCGAUGGACAGUCACAUGUACCCUCACAACGGGGCACGGAGCGCGCCGGGGUGGUCUGCUCACGGUGACGAGCAGGUAGCCCCUGAUCCUCAACAAUACGGAUACGACCCGACGUAUGGCGGAUACGAUGCUUAUGGAGGCUACUAUGAUGCUGGACAGCAACCACCUCCUGCAUCGUACGACGCGCAUGGUCCAGGUUACGAAGUGAUGAUGCCCCCGUCACAAGAGUAUGGAGGCAAUAGCCUUUCAGCGCACAGUUCGCCCGCCACUGGACCUGUACAUGUCACGGGGCCCGGUGGGCUGGGAUACAGCACAUCGGUGAAUGCACGCACCGGCGCCGGUGGUCAUUCGCUGAGCAACUCGAUCAGUAUGAGAAGCAUGUCAAAUCAACCUCAUGCUCAGGCCUACUCGAACGACAUGCCAAUGAUGGAGCACAGUAAUAGCAGCGCAGCACAUUUGGCUCGUCAAGCAUCGGCAGGCACAGCUUAUUCUUAUCCGAGCGAUCAUCAGCACAACGCUAGACCCCCCAUACCUCAGCGAUCAGGCACUACACUCAACGUCGUGCAGCCUGCUGGAGGGCGCUAUGGGCCGCAUCAUGGUGGAGAGCUCUCGCGCAGCGGUACGCCCGACGAUACAGCCCUCGAACCACCAAGAGGCCCGCUUCACGUCGUCAACAACGGCGAGUAA